AUGUUUAUAUAUAUGAGUAAAAAGAUUGCGAUACCAAAACAAUCAAAUGUAAAUUGUUUAGCAUGGAAUCAUUCAUCAGGAUAUAUUGCAGUAGGAGGAGAAGAUGGAAUGUUGAAAGUUUUAAAAUUGGAGUCAGGCGGAAGUGGAAACCUUUCUAUGAAUCUCAGUCUUGAAGGUCAUACAGGACAAGUCUGUGUAGCAAUAUGGAAUGAAGUUUUCCAAAAGUUAACAACUAGUGAUGAGCAUGGUGUCAUUAUUGUUUGGAUGUUAUAUAAGGGAUCCUGGUAUGAAGAAAUGAUAAACAAUAGAAAUAAAUCUACAGUUGCUAGUAUGGCUUGGGGAUCUGAUGGUCAAAAGAUCUGUAUUGCUUAUGAAGAUGGUGCAGUUAUAGUUGGUUCAGUUGAUGGAUCUAGAGUUUGGGGAAAAGAUAUCAAAGGUCCCGGUUUAAGUGCAGUUCAAUGGUCUCCAGAUAACUCAUUGCUUCUCUUUGCACUAUCUAAUGGAGAACUACAUCUUUAUGAUGAUCAAGGAAACUUUACAAUGCAAGUUGCAAGUAAUGCAGUGCCUGGAUUAAUGGAGAUAGUUUGCAUGGAUUGGUUUUCUGGUAGAGCACCAAGUAAUAGACCUGUUCUUGUGAUAUGUUUCAAAAGUGGAAUUUUGCUAUUAAUGAAGACUUGUACUGAAGAAGAAAGUGUUGUAGUUGAUACGAAAAUGACAAUAAUCGAUUGUCACUGGAAUCAUAAUGGUACUAUAUUAGCCGCAGCCGGACAGACACAAGAAAAAUCUAACGUAAUUCAAUUUUUCAGUGCCUAUGGGGAGCAUAUAAGAACAUUGCGCGUCCCGGGCGGUUCAAUGCGGGCGCUGUCUUGGGAACAGCGGUCCUUGCGCCUUGCGAUCACUAUAGAUUCAUUUAUUUACUUCGCUAAUGUAAAACCUGACCAUAAAUAUGCGUUUUAUGGCAAUACUUUAGCAUUUGUGUCUGGUACGGAAACCGUCACUUUUUGGGAUUCUGUGACUCAUCAGUCAUGGAUAAACCACAUCCCGGAUGUUAUAGACAUGUGUGGUGUAGACGAGUAUUGCAUCAUAGCUACUACGAGUUCUCUCAUAGUUUCUAAUCAACAAGGGAUACAAUGUGAUGCAAAAACAAUCACAAUGCCAGUAUCAUAUGUGGCGAUCAACAGUAAGGCAAUAGCGGUGGCUGCGUCGAAAGAGUCGUUCUUAAUUUGGAGAUUCGCUACACCUUCACGGCCCCGUAACACCGAACAAAUGUUUCGCGCAGAUGGAGCUCCUUUAACAUCUGGAGACGGAGGGUUUCAAGACGAUACGAUUUGCUGCAUUACGUGUUCCGACAGCCAUCUUUUAAUCGGAAGGGAUUCUGGAACGAUUCUUAUAUUCUCAAUGCAGAAUUUUAAGAAAAUUACCUCAAUUAAUAUGAAUACAAAACCAUAUAAAUUAGGUCUAAAUUCCAAUUCCAGCAAAUUGUUCGUGAUCGACCAAUCGGGCUCGCUGUACAUCCUGGAGACGGAGGCGGCGGGUGCGGCGGGCGCGGGGGGCGCGGUGCGGCGCGACGCGUGGGCGGCGCGGUGGGCAGACAACGCGCCGCUGCUGGCCGCGGCGGAGAAGGCGCGCCUCUACGUGCUGCGCGACGCGCAGCCCGAGGAGCCGCUCGCCAUGCAGGGCUACUUGUGCCGGUUUAAGGAGUUAGAAAUAACGACGGCUCUUCUAGACAACAUAACCGACAAAUGUACUCCCCAGCACAUAGUGACGGUGGAAGUCAAGUCGCUGAGAGAUACGCGGCAACUUAUUGAUAAAGUUGGACUUAAGGAAGCUGAGGAUUUUAUUAAGGAUAAUCCGCAUCCUAAGUUAUGGCUAUUACUAGCCGAGGCAGCGCUAAGGAAGUUCUCGUCGCCGUCCGCGCUGGAGACGGCGGAGGCGGCCUUCGUGCGGCGCGGCGACCUCGCCGGCGUGCGCUUCGUGGCGCGCCUCCACGCGCUGCACUCCGAUGCGUUGAAGAAAGCCGAGAUACUUGCGUACUUCAAAGACUUUGAUGCCGCAGAAGAGAUAUACCACAAUGAGGACAGACGGGAUCUUGCCAUAGCUCUACGAAAGCGUCUAGGUCACUGGUUUCGAGUAGUAGAGCUGUUAAAAACAUCGGUGACCACUACGGACGCGCAAGUGAAACAAGCGUAUAGCAAUAUAGGCGAUUAUUAUAUUGAUAGGCAAAACUGGACCGGUGCCCUUGAAUAUUACAAUAUGUCAAACAAUACUGAGGGCUUAAAAAAAUGUUAUAUGGCACUAGAAGAUAAUGAAUCGUUGGCAAAACUGGUAGCCAGCUCGCCUAGACUGAAGGAUUCAUUAUCAAAGAAAAUGCCGGAGGAGAAAAAUGAUAGUACUCAAGAACCAUCUAUUCAAAUGAUUACACAAUUAAAAGAGGGUGGUCGAAGUCUACAAGCUGCAGCUAUGGCGUUUCAGCUGGCAAAUAUAGAAGCGUCGAAGGCAGCAUCACCAUGGCGAAUAAAAAAACUUUAUGUCCUUGCUGGGCUGUUGUACAGUCAACACGGUGGUGAGAGCAGCGCGGGCCGGUGCUGGCGGGCGGCGCGCGCCCAGCACUGGGCCGGCGCGGGCGCGGCGGCGGCGCGGGGCGCGGGCGGGGGGCUGCGGGCCGCCGCGCGCCUGCGCGCCGCGCUGCCCGCGCUACACCCCGCGCAGCGGCUGCAGGCGAGCCGACACACUGAACCACACCUCACA